AUGGUCUCUCAGAAGGUGGCUUAUUCCCAGAGCACCGGGCAGAGAGAGCAGCAGAGCCGCUGCCUGCAGCGAGGGAUCAGGAGGGUCCAGGAUCUCUGCAAAGUCCUCCAGCUCCCGGGGGUGUUUGAGGAAACUGCCGUGUCGUACUUCCGGAGAGCUGUCCAGCACCCCGCCUUCCGCCUGGUCAGCCUGGAGAAGAAGGAGCUCCUGGGGGGCUGCUGUGUCUUCGUCACCUGUCGGCAGCACAACUGGCCACUGACGAUGGGCACGAUCUGCUCCCUCCUCUACGCCAAGCAGGAGCUGUUUGCCAGCGUCUUCCUGAGCCUGCAGAAAGAGCUGGAGCUCUCUGUGCCAGCCCUGAGCCUGGCGGAUCUGGUGAAGACGCACCUGAACAGCUUCCGCCUGUUCCAGCAGGCGGCUGACAUCCCUGCCCCGUUUGUAGAGGACAAGGAGAAGAUGGUCAGCAGGACAAUGCAGCUGGUGGACUGUCCCUCGGAAGGGAAACGUCAGCACAGGGGCAGCCCCAGGCCCUUGUUGCCCCCCUGCCUUAUCCACCCCAGGAAGAGGCUGCGGGCGGCAGCCCCGAGCGCCCCACUCUGCAGCGUCACCGGCGACGAGCCCAUCUCGGACAGCGAGAUCGAGCAGGACCUGCGGGGCCCGGAGGAGAUCCGGGCCUUCAGCAGGGCCAAGGCCUGGCCCUGA